CGAUAGGUUGAGAGGGUCGCAUUAGAGACUUGGAUCAUAUCCCAUUUCCUCAACCUAGAGACUAAGAGGGUAGCCUCAGUUGCUUGUUAGACUUUCCUGCGGUUUAUAACACCCUAACCACACACGGUCGUUCAAUUCUUCACGUCGUAAUUGUUAGCUAGCGGGAGCAACACCCGGGUGAAGCCUUCUCAAUUAGUGUCACAUCCAUUUUAUCUUUGCAAAGUACUUUGGUUUUAGACCUUAGUUUUCACCAAAAACCAAUCCGCGAGAUAAUGUUUCAAACAGUUGAAGUAGUGGUACAUGGGUCGGGCCGGGUCGAUAUUUAAACAUACUUGCCCUAUAUUUCACCCAUCUAUGGUUCAUACUUGGGCCUUAGGUGGGGUUUUAUUGUGAUAGUCUUGUUUGAGGUCAGCUGUGAGUGGUUGAUUGGAUCAAACUUCAAUACCAAUUAUUGAGAGAGAGAGAGAGAGAGAUCUAAUCAGAGUCAUUCUUUGAUUAAUGAUCACUAUGAGUCAGACUCAAUAGAAUUUGAUCAAUCCUUCGGUUCGUUAUCUUGAAAAGUUUGUUUGGUGUUAAUCUAGCUUUUAAUUUAUGUUUUUGUUCAGUUGUGAAGUGUUUGUUUGUGCUAGACGUGUUGUGUUCUUUAAGUGUGUGUAGGGAGGUGCAUGACCUGGAGCAAUCGACGCCUUUAACACCACUGGACGAGGACAUCAAUCGGACUCUCCGACUUCUAGCUCGAGAUAGGGAGCAAGCGGAGGCAAGAAGGAGAAGUGAAGAAAGGGGACAACAAGUUGGUCCCGGAUUUGAAGGAAUUGAAGGAGAAGUUGAAGUUGAGAUGGUGGGAAAUCAACACCGAGGGCUAAUCCGCUUCCAAACCCAAAUGUGUAAGCGACAGCCGAGGAAAAGCCAAGAACUAUGGGAUAUUACAUGGCCCCACGGGCGGCGGAUAUCCAAUCUCCUAUCUUAUAUCCACCCGUGGCCGCCAACAACUUUGAGAUCAAGCCCUCUCUCGUGACGAUGAUUCAACAAAAUGCCUACUUCCACGGGCUUGCUCAUGAAUCACCACAGGAGCAUGUCCAAAGGUAUCUUGAGCUAGCGGGAAGCUUGAAGAUAAAUGGCGUCCCCGAGGAGGCAUUGCUAUUGAAGCUCUUCCCCUAUUCUUUGGCGGGGGAAGGCACUCUGAUGGCUCAACAACCAUCCGACUCUAUCCAUCAGCUCUUGGGACGACCUACUCAACAAGUUCAUGACCCGAUAUUGUCCUCCUUCCAAGACGGCCGAGUGGAGGAAAAAGAUCACUCACUUUGAGCAAGAGGAGAAUGAGACAUUUAGGAAUGCAUGGGAAAGAUUCUCCGACUACUUCCUCCAAUGCCCUCACCAGGGAUUCGAGGAGCAAUUUCAGAUAGAAACCUUCAAUGGAGGACUCAUUCAAGAUGCAAGAUCCUCAUUGAAUCUCUUUGCUAAGGGAGGUUGAUGAACAUGACCCCUCUUCAAGUGACCGAGUUGAUCGAAGAUAUGGCCCUUAAGGAAUAUGAUUGGGGCUUGACAAGAAGUGGGAAGAGAAGCACUAAUCGAGGAGUGCGAAGUGUGGGAGCGAGUGAUCCACGUGAAGUGAAGCUUGACAAGUUGAUCGAGGUGAUCCUUGAGGACAAGAAGCAAGAGAAGAGGGCGGUGAUGUCUUGUGAUUGGUGUUCAAGUACUAAUCAUGAAAAUGCAGAUUUCCAUGUGAUGAAGGAGACUAGUACCCUUGACGAUCAGGGGAGUUUCAUUGCCAUUGCUAGAGGGAAUAACCCUUAUAGCAAUGCAUACAACCCCGGGUUGAGUAAUCAUCCAAACUUCGCUUGGUCUUCUCCUACCAAUCCAAGACCUCCUGGUUUCCAAGGUCCAACGGGAAACAAUCAACCUCGGCCAACCUUCAUCCAACAAAGGCCUCAAUUCCAAAAUUCGAAAUUCCAACAACCAUACCAAGCACAAAGCGGUCAAGGGUUUCAAUGACUACAACAAGUCGAUAAGUUCCCUAAACUAGAAGACCUUGUGACCUCCUUUGUGAGUACAAGCUCUCAGAAGUUCGAGAAGAUUGAGCAAUUCAUGGAUGUGGCAACCUCCAAGUUUACCUCGGUUGAGGCGGGACUCCGGAGCCAUCAAGCAAGUCUCUAAAACUUGGAAGUGCAAAUUAGCAAUCUUGUCGGGAUCCUCACCGAGAGACCAAAGGGAGCCCUACCCUCUCAAACCAUUACCAACCCCAAGGAUCAUGUUGGGGUGAAUGCAAUCCAUUUGAGGAGCAGGAAGGUGACUCCGAAGGUUGUUUCCAAAGAAGUGAAUGAGAAAAAACUAAAAAGACCCUCAACCUGAGGGUGACGAAGAAGAAACAUCAGAAGAAAAGAGAGGAGUGGCGAGGAAGGCAUUGUCGAAGCCACCACCUGUGGCUGAAUACACGCCACCCCUACCUUUUCCCACGAGUAAGGGUGGAAAUCGGUACAGUAUCGGUAUCCCAAUACCAAAUACCGAAAUCCCGAAUACCGAAUUACACCCUAAAAUCAAUCCCAAUCCCUAAAUACUUCGGUAUCCCGAUCGAUACCUCGAUAUCGAAUACAUAAUUAAUUACCUU